ACCUGGAUGACACAAAUUUGCAUAGAUAGACCCUCCCCUUCUCAGUGUAUUAAGAAGGCAAGGGAGAGACUUGGGGGAAACUCUCCUCAGCAUCGUGAACAGAAGACAGAGCUCAGGAUGACCUUCACCAUGGCCUGGUCCUGUCUCCUCUUCACAUUCCUUGUUCAAUGUACAGGGUCCUGGGCCCAGUCUGUACUAACACAGCAGCCCUCACUGUCUGGGACUCCAGGACAGACAAUCACCAUCUCCUGCACUGGAAGCAGCACCAAUAUUGGUAGCUAUAGUGUAAACUGGUAUCAGCAGUUCCCAGAAACAGCCCCUAAACUCCUCAUCUAUGGUAAUAGUAAUCGACCCUCAGGGGUCUCUGAUCACUUCACUGGCUCCAAGUCUGGCAACUCUGCUUCACUGACCAUCACUGGGCUUCAGCCUGAGGAUGAGGCUGACUAUUACUGUCAAUCUACUGACAGUAGCCUUGAUGCUCGCACAGUGCUCCAGACUCAUGGGGAAGUAAGACAAGAACCCCUUUACCAUCUGUCAGGGAAAUUACAGACACCAUUGCCUCCAUCCUCAUUGAGGAGAUCAUUCCCAGGUUCAGACUUCCCACCUCCACCCAGUCAGACAACGGUCCAGCCCUCACUUCUCAGGGAACAUGCAGACCAGUGCCUUCCUGUGCCAUGCAUUGCCUCAUCCCCAGCACAACCAGGAACUGAAUUGGACCCUCUUCAACUGGGUGACUUAGGCUUACUUCAGGAACUGCAUUCUCAAUCGUUGGAACCUCGCUGGAUUGAACCCGAUACAGUCAUACUUACUACGCCAAUGGUGACCAAGCACUUAGACACUCCCCCUGGUCCAUGUCUCCAACCUUAA